CGUCGCAUAAGCUCCAGCUAACGAACGUCGUCUUCGCGAUCUCCAUCACAAUCAAACAGCUUCAGAGUUACCAACCUUAACAAUAUGAAGCUCCAGGGCUUCUUGUUACCGGCUUUGGCUGGUAUUACCACUGCCAAGUCAGAAGAGCAAUUGCAAAAUGCAGAGGUCUACAUCAUUAAACAACAAGAGACCAAAUUCUCGAAUGUCCCUUCGAUACCGCAAGACCUUGCUCAAGCUAUCCUCCUUCAGCGUCUCAGCACGUCCGAGCAACCAUCGAUUUUAGGCCAACUACCCGAAUCAAUCUCCCAAGAUGAAUCUAUACUCUAUCUCAACCAGUACGCGAAGACGCCUCGGCCGUUAUUCGAAGAGGUCGACGCGAAUGAGCCUAGGCAGCUAGUCAUCGCGUUUUCCGGCGUUACGACCCAGAAGCAGAAGGAUCUUCAAGCCGCUCUUCCGGGUGUACCUCUUGCUUUUACGGCUCCUGGACUGAGUCGACUUUCUGCGAAGGGGAAGAAGACUGGCUGUGCAUUUGAUCAGUCGAUCAACCCGGAAAAUGCCAAAUGCUGGAAAGGCAAGACACAGUAUCUCGAAUACAAUGCUGCUAAGGACAAGAACAUAAUCAAACAACUGAGCCAAAACAUCGCAACCCUCCAAUCCCGCGCCCAAUCCAGCACCCUCGAAACCACUAUCCUCCUCCUCGCCGACCCCAGCUCCUCCCCUCUCCGCCGAGACAUCCUCGAAGACGAACUCGUCAUGGCCGAAGACAUCCCCACAGCUGACAGCUCCUUCAACGCCGACGGCACUAAGAAGCCCUCCGACCCAUCUAAGCCCUUCCACGCCUUCUCCUCCAAACCCACCAACCUCGCCUCCCGCCCCGGCAUCCUGCCCUCCUGCUUCACUUCACACAAUGCUUGCAUCACAGCAACGGACAGUUGCUCCGGCCACGGCCAGUGUCUCGACAAGUGGAGCACCAUCGACAGCGGCGACAAAGCGUGUUUCUCUUGCCGCUGCAUGAGCACGAAUGAGACGAAUGCGGAGGGUCACACGAGCCUAUACCACUGGGGCGGGUCCGCCUGCCACAAGCGGGAUAUCAGCACCCCGUUCUGGCUAUUCGCUGGCACUACGCUUGCCUUGGUCGGCACAGUCGUCUUUGCUAUCGGUCUGCUGUUUAAUGUCGGUGAGGAGAAGCUGCCGGGUGUUAUCGGGGCUGGUGUUUCCCGGUCUGGGAAAUAAGUAGGUGUCUACCUAGCUUAUCGUUUAAAUCGACUAGGUGGUUCUGUGUAAGUUGCCUAGGAGAAGAGUAGAGAAGUCCGGAAACUGUAUGGACAGAUGAAUAGAGGCAAGGACUGCCACCAAGGCUUACCGAAGACAUGGCGAAGAACGAGAGAGAAAGACUGUCUCAAUGUAGACGAUAAUGCAGAUGUAUCAUACAUGUACUGAUACCGGGGACAAACAAACAGGCGCUGGUUAGCAUAUCUUGUUUCUCCCUACCUAUAAGGGAGUUUUCGCAUGGUAUUUCAUUAUGUAGAAGGUUCAAGACAGACAUUUUACAAGGUUCGUCGGAUUGACUUGGAAUUCUCUGUGAUUCCUCUAUCGUGAAGAGUCUAGUCGAAUUGAAAAGAGUAGACUAUAGGUA